AUGGGCGUGCAUGCAAACCAACCACUUCGAUCCCAGGAUCCCUACUACGAUUUCGGCCGCCCAGGUCGUCAACGUGAAAGCGUGAAGUCACUGAUCCCAAAGCAUCUCCCUCGGCGAAAAGUUCCUGGCGAUUCCAGUCGCCAACCUCCUGGCAUGUUGGAGCCGAUUCCAUGGGCCGGUUGGCGCAGGGUCAAAGCAUACCGGCAAGCGCAGGCAAGAUAA